AGAGAGAGAUAAAGACAGGGGGAUAAAGGCUGAUAAGGCUGCAGCAGUUAGCGGGUUACAGUGGAGCUGUAUCAUCUCUGAGAUCCCAACUGUGUGAUUGUGCUGCAGCUGUCACUGACUGACUGAUCCAACACAGAUGAUGUCAUCAGAGCACCUGACCUGUGGUUGGCUGCAGCAGCUUCUCGUUGUACUUCUGAAGCUUUGCCUCACUUUUGCAGGGCCUUUGCGACCACUCAAUGGGACACAAUGCGCAGCCAAGGGUCCUGCUUCCUACAUCCUUGUCUUUACAGGUCACUGGAGCCCACAGGCUUUCCCUAAGCAGUAUCCACUCUUCCGGCCCCCUGCACAGUGGUCCAAACUCAUAGCGGUCAGCCAUAAUCAGCAUUUUCGGCUGUGGGAGGAGGGCGCUCAAGCCAGUGCAGGGGUGCAGAACUUUGCUGAACUCGGGCUGACGGUGGAUCUGAUGAAAGAAGCCAAGGAGGCUAGAAAGAGCCGCUCGGUUGGCGCCAUGUACCGAACGGCAGGCAUCCCUAACGGCAUCGGGCACAGCUCCACAGAGUUGCUCAUGCAGCCUCGGAACUCAUUGCUGUCCCUGAUGGUGAAGAUGAUCCCCAGCCCCGACUGGUUCGUCGGUGUGGACAGCCUUAACCUCUGCGAAGGCAACCGUUGGAAACAGGGAGUGACCAUUGACCUCCAGCCUUAUGACGCAGGAACAGACAGUGGAUUCACUUUCUCCUCUCCCAACUUCCCCACUAGCCCCGCGGAAAACAUCACGAAGAUCACAUCUCAGAUGCCAAACCAUCCAGCCAACUCCUUCUACUACCCACGCUUACAGGAGCUUCCACCUAUAGCCAGCAUAAGGAUCACUCGACAGAGCAGAUCACCUGACCGCCAAACCCCAAUGUCCAAUCAUAUUCUGCCAAACUCUAUCAGUCCCCAACGCUUCUUGGCGACACCACUAGACUGUGAAGUAUCUCUCUGGUCAUCCUGGGGUUUGUGUCUGGGUCCCUGCUCCAGAGGUGGUGUCCGUCACCGCACACGUUACAUCCUGUUGCGGCCGGCCAAUGCUGGCAUCCCCUGCCCUGAGCUGGAGGAACAGGCUGAGUGUGUACCACACAGCUGUAUGCGACUCCAGUAACCCACAGGGCGAACAAGCACAGAUAGUGCCAGUAUUUAACACUGGGACUGUUAUUACUGCUGGACCGAGAAAUGUUGCAGCAUCUUGAGCAUUUCCUUGAUUAAUGCAAAGGAUCUGUGUGUUUGUCACAGUCAAAUUGUGGAAAUUUAAGACCGUUAGUGUUAGAGUGCACACUCCUCUGGGUGCUUUUUUUAAUGAAGUGAAGUCUAAGUGUAGCAGUCAGAGCGUUGGUUGGUGAUUAAUGUUUGAGGUAACACUUGAAUGUGUUCAGAUAAGUGUUCACAUGUUGUUGUUUUAUGUUAAUUAGCGUGGAUGCAAUAUAGAAAAAGAGGAAGGUGCAUGACAGAUGUGUCUCCUCAAACACUUGUUAUGGUUUGUUCCUCGUCAACAACAACAUAUGCAUUUAAUCUGGAUGCUGCUAGCGGCACACCAGACUAACAAAUCGUCAACACACGCACAUUUGCGCACACAUGUGCGCAUAGAAUACUGCACACAAAAAGUCCUUGCACAUACUGCAUACUUUUACAGUCACAGAGGUAUUAGUUUACAUAAGUAACCUAUACAUGCUUGGCACAUACAGCUCUUUUAAAAUAACCUCACACCCCGAUUUAUAAAUAUCACCUUUCACAAGAAACAUCUAAUAGCCGACUUGAGGCUUUCAGCCAGUCUGAAGAAGCUGGCCUAUUUUAUAAUAAGAUGCAGGUUUUUUAUAGAAAUAUAAAGAAAUAUUUGUAUUAUUAUCUCUUUUGAUAUUUUAAAUGUUGAGAUUUUGUAUAUACUGUAUGAUGUAUCUCGUCUUGUAUAACUC